GACCUGUUCUCCCAUCCCUUGCCUCACAUCCCUGUUUUUGUUUGUUGUUUUGUUUUGUUUUAUUUUAGAUGGAGUCUUGCUCUUUGCCCAUGCUGGAGUACAAUGGCACAAUCUUUGCUCACUGCAAACUCUACCUCCUGGUUUCAAGCGAUUUUUUUGUCUGAGCCUCCAGGUUAGCUGGGAGCUAACAGUCUUACAGGCUUACACCACCACGCCUGGCUAAUUUUUAUAUUUUUAGUAGAGACGGGGUUUUACCAUGUUGACCAGGCUGGUCUUGCUCUCCUGACCUCAAGUGAUCCACCUGCCUUCCUGCCUUGGCCUCCCUAAGUACUGGGAUUAGAGGAGUGAGCCAUAGUGUUGGAUCACAUCCCUGUUGUUAAUACUAACCCUUUGAAUGGAGAAUGCCUCCUGUUGAAAGAAAACUUUUUUUUUUUUUUUUUAGAGACAGUAUCUCUUUGAUGCCCAGGCCGAAGUACAGUGUCGCCAUCUCGGCUCACUGCAAGCUCCGGCCCCUGGGUUCAUGCCAUGCUCCUGCCUCAGCCUCCUGAGUAGCUGGGACUACAGACGUGUGCCACCACGCCGGGCUAAUUUUUGUAUUUUUAGUAGAGACAGGGUUUCACCAUAUCGGCCAGGCAGGUCUCGAACUCCUGAUCUCAUCAUCAGCCCGCCUCAGCCUCUUAAAAAGAGCUGGGAUUACAGGCGUGAGCCACUGCUUCUGGCCAGGAAAAUGUCUUUUCAAACAGUGUUUUCCUUAGCUGUCAUGCCACAACAGUCACCAACACAGGAGACUUCUGUCACCAAAUAUUUGGAGGAUUUUUCCCACGCGGCAAGCAGUGAAGAGCAGCUGGAUGUCCUCAAGUUCAGUUCCAAUGUAAUCAACCAGAGACGGCAUCAGACACCACAGGUCUCACCAUGGCCCGCACCGUGGUGCUCAUCACCGGCUGCUCCUCAGGCAUCGGCCUGCACUUGGCGGUACGUCUGGCUUCAGACCCAUCCCAGAGCUUCAAAGUAUAUGCCACAUUGAGGGACCUGAAAACACAGGGCCGGCUGUGGGAGGCGGCCCGGGCCUGGGGAUGCCCUCUGGGAUCCCUAGAGACGUUGCAGCUGGACGUAAGGGACUCAAAAUCCGUGGCCGCUGCCCGGGAACGCGUGACCGAGGGCCGUGUGGACGUGCUGGUGUGUAACGCAGGCCUGGGCCUGCUGGGGCCGCUGGAGGCGGUGGGGGAGGACGCCGUGGCCUCUGUGCUGGACGUGAACGUGGUGGGGACGGUGCGGGUGCUGCAGGCCUUCCUGCCAGACAUGAAGCGGCGCGGUUCGGGACGCGUGUUGGUGACCGGGAGCGUGGGAGGAUUGAUGGGGCUACCCUUCAAUGACGUUUACUGUGCCAGCAAGUUCGCGCUCGAAGGCUUAUGCGAGAGUCUGGCGGUUCUGCUGCUGCCCUUUGGGGUCCACUUGAGCCUGAUCGAGUGCGGCCCAGUGCACACCGCCUUCAUGGAGAAGGUGUUGGGCAGCCCAGACGAGGUGCUGGACCGCACGGACAUCCACACCUUCCACCGCUUCUACCAAUACCUCGCCCACAGCAAGCAGGUCUUUCGCGAGGCGGCGCAGACCCCUGAGGAGGUGGUGGAGGUCUUCCUCACCGCUUUGCGCGCCCCGAAGCCGACGCUGCGCUACUUCACCACCGAGCGCUUCUUGCCCCUGCUGCGGAUGCGCCUGGACGACCCCAGCGGCUCCAACUACGUUGCCGCCAUGCACCGGCACGUGUUCGGCGACGAUCCGGCAGAGGCCGAGGCUGGGGCGGGGACUGGGGGCGGGGCCGGGCCCAGUGGGGUGGGGGACCCUGAGCUCGGCGAUCCUCCAGCCGCCCCGCAUUGAAGUCUUCCUCAGCCGCUGUCUCCCUCGCCCUUCUUUGUCCUCUGGGUCUGUGUGGUCCCUGGGGACGGGGCGACGGUGGUGGCGGCGGCUAUGGGUGGCUAAGAUAGAUCGCGUUAGCCAGUUUUACCUGCGCAGCUAGGCGCGAUGGCUGUCGCCUGUAAUGCCAGCGCUUUGGGAGACGGAGACAGGAGGAUUGCUCAAGCCCUGGAGUUGGAGACCAGCCAGAGCAACAUAGUGAGACCCCCAUCUCUACAAAAAUAAAAAACUUAAAAAUCA